UAUAUGUGUGUGUGUGUGUGUGCUCGUAUUGAAUUGUAAAUUAUUGAGAAAACAAAAACUGUUUUAUAUCUUUUAAAUCGUAAUAAUUUCCCACUGUGUUUUAGUCAUUAUGUAAAGUAUAUAAUUGUCCAUAUUGCAGUCAUUGAAAUAGGGCAUUGUGUAUACAUUGACAGGGACUCGAGGCAUUACACACAUACACAGUCGUAAUCGUAAUACAUAUAACAAUAUAGCUACAGCCUACAAUAACUAUUUUUGAACACCCAAAACCACCAGUCUGGGCUAUAUUGACUAUAUUGUAUAAUAUUAUACGUCUUUUAAUAAAAUAUAAUAGCGUAUUUAUUAUAGCAAUAAUUUACUAUUUAGUUGUGAUCGACGAAUGUUUUCGCUGAUGACCUUGGGAAUAUAAUAUGUACUUAUAGUUUGUUUUCGUAUAAGGGCCAUUUGAGCCGUUCUCGCGCGACCACGGACUACGAUAGAAUUGACUGGAAACAGUGGAAACGAUAAUUCUAUCUUCGUCCGUUCUUGCGGUUCUGAGCGCGACGAACGAUCAUUAUCAGUAGUGCAGUGUGUUUAUUAUUCACUUUUCUAUUUUUAGUUAAGGAUUUUAAAUUUUGUUGGAAAAUUGAACGGAGCGUGGCGGUUGCGAUAAACAAACCGGUAUCGGCGGUACGUAUAUUAUUUAUAUCAUUAUUUUUAUGAUUCGACAUUUCAACAUAACCUACCAUUAUUAUAUUAUCUAGUGUGACUGUAAGUUUUGUUUUAUUGUCUCCAGCUUGAGUGACGAUUAUUUUACCGUAUAAUACUUAGUAUUACUUACUAUAGUGUUGUCUAUGAUCUUGCUACAGACGAUUUAUAACAUUUCGUUUCUCGUGUGCACUGUUGGCACUUUGGCAGUAUUAAUUGGCACUUAUUGCGGUGUCUAUGUGUACAUAUUUUCGAAAAACCCGAAGUUUAUAAAUUAUAUAAUUCCAUGAUGUGGUCAGUAAUUAUUUUUGAAAAUGAUAACUCUAUUGAAGCAGUUCCAUCAGUUUGGUAUCGUAAAAAUACAUGCGCGUGGCCAAAAAAAAAUCAAAAAAAAUAUAUUGAAAAACAAGUUAUACCAAACAAAACAGAUUUUUAUUUUUUAAGAGCUCGUAAAAUUGGGAAAGAUGUUGAAAAUUAUCUUGAUGCUAGAAAUAGAGCAAAAAAAGGAGAAAAUACAUCAAACUUAUCUGACAAUGUUGAUGAAAGUGUGAAAAAACGAAGAAAAUUAAAGAAAAUAUUUUCAAAUAAGAAAGAUAAUUGCAUGUGGAGUCCUUCUACUCUCACUCAUUCAUCAUCUGAUGAUACUGAUAAUGAUGAAGUACAUAUGCCAAAUAUAUCUUCAUCAGUUCCUUCAGGAAUCGAAAAGACAAGUCUAGGCGAAUCAUCGAAAAGAAAACUUAAUUUUGAUGAAUCACCACCACUUAUUAUUCAUAAUUAUCAAUCAAAUAAUAGUCAAACAAACUUUAAUAUAAUGUCAGAGCCUAUUGAGUUUCAAUCUGCAUCUGUUGACAAUAAUAUAGUAGUAGCUGCUGAUAACACCGAUGUUAGUCAAAAUGUUGAAGACAUAGUAAAUAACAUUAUUAGAACGACGGCUUCACCUUUUAAAGUGACAAAUAUUAAUGAUACAACGACAAUAGAAAUAACUGAACCGUAUAUUCCACUGCCAUUGACACCAGCUGGUUUGCAAUCUUUUACAAGUGAUUCAUUAAUUGAUAAAGUAAACAAAAUUAAUCGUACAACCUUAAACACAUGGUAUGAAAUAAAAUCAAUGAAUGAAAAAAUCGAAAAAUUGGAGAAUAAUUUAUUUAUGAUUAGUAAUAACCGUAUGCAACUACAUAUUGAUGACAAUUCUUUUGAAUCUAUGAAUACAUUUGAAGUUAUGAUGUCUGUUUUACCCAUAGUAAAUGAAGAAAGUCUAACAACAUUUGAAAACAAUCUUUUAGAUAAUAAUUUUAAAAAAAAAAUAGUGUGUGAGUUAUCGCGUUUAGUAAGGAGUACUAUUCAAAGUACUACUCGUGCUAUAUUAAGAUAUUUAUUUGAUGAUUCAUUUUUACAAAGCUAUAGUUACAAGGGGCAAAAACAAAAAAAAAGUAUUUUCAACUUUAGCCCUUUGUUCAGUGAUUUUUGAAUCAAUUAAAAGUAUUGGAAAAUUUAAAAAUUACAAUACAAUAGAUGUAGAACAAUCAAUAAAAAUUUUUAUUGCAGGUGCAAAAUUCCGAGAACAAAGUAAAUUAAAAACUAACAGACACAAUCAUGCAGAAAGCAAUCAAACAAUAUAAUAAAUAUAUUUAUUAUACAUACUUUUUUAAAUCUAUAAGUAUAUAGUAAAUAAAACAGA